AUGUAUGCUGUGACUAUUAGUGAUGAGGGUGACUGUUACCGGUGUUUCCCGCCCGACCCGGGCAUUGGUACUGCUGCGCUAGGUUCUUGUGAGGCUACUGCUCUAGGUGCCGGUGCGUCCGCGCUCUCAGGUACUAGUGAGGCUGCGCUCUCAGGUACUGGUGAGGCUGCGCUCUCAGGUACUGCGUCGGCUUCGGCCUCCCUCACCUUCACACUUGACUCAGGGGCUUCUCGCUCCUUCUUUCGAGACCGCACCACACUCACGCCGCUUGGUCCGCCGGUUGCAGUCUCCCUGGCUGACCCCUCUAGGGGUCCUGUCCUCGCUCACUUCUCCACUGUCCUCCCGUGUCCGGCUGCCCCCUCGGGCACCCUGACGUGUCUGUACCUCCCCUCGUUCUCGACAAACUUGGUGAGUGGUGCUGACCUGCAGGAUGCGGGGGUUCACCAGUUUACUCCUGCGAGUCAGCCGGGGACCCACUGCUCGGACGCCCGCACAGGCCGACACCAAGCCACGUUUUCGCGUCGGCCGGGGUCGAGUCUCUACACCCUGACCAUUGAGUCUCCUCCAGUCCCUGCGUCUGGCCAGGUAGCUGCGUCGGGUCAGGUGUUUGCUGCUGCGUCCAGGUCGGGUCCUGAGUCUGCCCCCUGCUCGUGUCGCCUCCUGUCUCACGAGACUCUCUUGUGGCACCACCGUCUUGGCCACCCCUCCUUGCCUCGUCUUCGGGGCAUGGCUUCCCGUGUCCUUGUCUCUGGCCUCCCCCGGUCUCUCCCUCCCCUUCCUUCGGGGCCAGGACCUUCCUGUGUCCCUUGUGUCGAGGGGCGGCUCCGGGCUGCCCCUCACUCCUCCCAGUUUCCCCCGACAGAUGCUCCUCUGCAGACGCUUCACAUGGACGUGUGGGGCCCGGCCCGCGUCCGUGGACAGGGUCACAAGCGCUACUUCCUGCUGGUGGUUGACGACCACUCGCGUUACACCACAGUCUUCCCCUUGCGCAGCAAGGGUGAUGUCACUGGGACCUUCACGCUUCCGGACUCUCCACAGCAAAAUGGGAUUGCUGAGCGCCGCAUUGGCAUGGUCAUGGACGUCGCUCGUACGUCCAUGAUGCAUGUGGCUGCCCCCCAUUUUCUGUGGCCGUUUGCAUUUCGGUACGCGGCGCAUCAGCUCAACCUUCACCCCAGGGUCUCCCGGCCGGAGACCUCCCCAGCUCUGCUGUGGACGGGGAAGGUCGGCAAUGCGUCUGCGUUCCGUGUCCGGGGAUCUCGGGCGUUUGUCCGUGACCUGUCUGCGGACAAGCUGUCCCCUCGUGCUGCUCCCUGUGUCUUCCUAGGCUUCCCCCCUGGCGCCCCAGGGUGGCAGUUCUACCACUCCUCCUCUCGUCGUGUUCUGUCCUCCCAGGACAUCACGUUCGACGAGUCAGUCCCCUUCUACCGCCCUUCCCCUACCGCACUCCUUCCCUCCCGCCGCCGCCGCACUUCCUUGUACCAGGUCGAUGCAGUCGAGCCGGUCGAGGUUGCUGGUGACUCAGGUACUGCUGGGGGUGCUGAGCCUGGGGGUGCUGACUCUGGGGGUGCUGAGUCUGGGGGUGCUGAGCCUGGGGGUGCUGAGCCUGGGGGUGCUGAGCCUGGGGGUGCUGAGCCUGGGGGUGCUGCCUCUGGGGGUGCUGAGCCUAGGGGUGCUGACUCUAAGGGUGCUGCGCACAUGGGUGCUGAGCCUGGGAGUGCUGAGCCUGGGGGUGCUGAGUCUGGAGCUGCUGAGCCUGGAGGUGUGGAACCUGCGGCCACUGGACCUCCCCUUGUGGCGUCUGACGGUACUGGGCCUGGAGGUUCUCCGGGUGUUUCGUCUCGGUGGGAGCCACUCUCUCCACAGGAGCUGCGUGAGUGGUUUGCUCGCCGCUGGAGGCGUACUGCUGGAGCUGGCGCUUCUUCGGCUGCUGAGGGUGCUGGUGCCGCCGUUCCCGGAGCUGCUGGGCCUGCGGGUCCGCCUGGAGGUGGAGCUGGUGAGGGUGUUGGUUCUGAGACUACUACUAUACGUCCUGGUGGUGGUCGUGCUGCGGGUAUGCUGGCGCUACUGGAGGUCGUGCCGGUGGAGUUGCUGUUGGCGCUGGUGCUGCCGGAGUCGCAGUCACAGUUAUCGCCGGCCUCCCCACUGCCUUCUCCGUCUCCGUACACUCGUCCUACUGGUGGUCUUGCUGAGCGUCGUGAGCCUGCGUCUCGUCCUGCGUCGCCUGUUCGUGCUGCUCGCACUAGUGGUCGCAGUUCGCGUCAGCGUCCUCCUCCUGUCCCUGGCACGCACCGGAUGUCUCUGCGUCCGUCCACUGCUCCUCUGCAUGCCCCUUUGCCCUCUCCUCCUGAGUCCUCUCUUCCUGCGCUUGCCGACCCUGAGUCGGACUCUCUUUGUGCUGCCAGUCCUAGUGUCACGCGUCUCCUUGCUACUGUUGUCACUGACCCCUCCUUUGAGUCCGCUGCUGCGUCUGCUCUUGUUGCUGAGCUCGUCGACUUCGCUGCUCGCUGUCGUCUAGACUACGCUACUAGUCUUGUUGCUGAGUCUGCGUUUGUCUGUCCUCCGUCCGUCGGGGGUGAGUGUGCUCUUAGCACGGACGUCCUUGAGGACAGGCAGGAGGAGUUCCAGUGUCUGGCUGCUGCUUCACCUCAUCUCGCGUCUGUACUGCUUGCCCCUGAGGGAGACCCAGAUGCACUAGACAUCCCGACUCCGCGCUCUUACGCGGAGGCCGUAGAGGGUCCCUACUCCUCUCAGUGGCAGGCAGCUAUGGAUGCAGAGAUGGCUUCCUGGAAGUCCACAGGCACCUACGUUGAGGAGGUUCCCCCUCAUGGGGCGAACAUCGUCAGUGGGAUGUGGAUCUUCAGGGUGAAGCGGCCGCCGGGCUCUCAACCUGUCUUCAAGGCGCGGUACGUGGCUCGUGGCUUCAGUCAGCGGCAGGGAGUUGACUACUUUCAGACCUUCUCUCCCACCCCGAAGAUGACCACUCUUCGGGUGCUGCUGCACAUAGCGGCUCAGCGCGACUACGAGCUCCACUCUCUUGACUUCAGCACUGCUUUCUUGCAGGGUAGCCUGCACGAGGAGAUCUGGCUGCGCCGUCCACCUGGCUUCACUGGGACUUUCCCUCCUGGCACCCAGUGGAGCCUCCGACAGCCAGUCUACGGUCUCCGCCAGGCACCACGUGAGUGGCACGACACAGUGAGGACCACGCUUGCGGCUCUUGGGUUUGCUCCCUCUACUGCUGACCCGUCGUUGUUUCUGCGCACCGACACUUCUUUGCCGCCGUUCUACAUCCUCGUGUACGUCGACGACUUGGUCUUUGCCACAGCGGACACUGCUGGACUCGCCUACGUGAAAUCCGAGCUGCAGAAGAGACACACGUGCACAGACCUGGGUGAACUGCGCAGCUACCUUGGCUUGUAG